AAUGUAUGCGAACAUUUACACAGGUUUAAAUAAGGCCUGAUAAACAAGGCCUAUUGUGAGAAUGUUGCUAAUACCACUUGUGUCCUCACAUCACCAGUUGGAAGUCACAGAGAACAUGGGUGAUCUGGGUGUGGUUUCGUAUUUGACUGAUGAACAUGGCAAUGUGGUGAUUGGACCCACAGCUUGUUUAUCUAAGCCUCCAACACCAAAUACAUUCAAAUCAACCACACUGCCUACAACACCUCUCUCUCCGACCUUAAGUACCCCAUCAGAGGAGAAACCCAAGAAGAGGGCAACAGAUGAGAAAAAGAGGGAGAAAAAGAAAGUGACAAAGAGGAGAGAUUCUGUUAUUCUGAAACUGCCUAUUGGAGAGGCAGAGUCACAUGAGCCCCCCCUCCCAACAACACCAGUUACACCUGGAACAGAGGCCAUGCCUCUCCCUGAUCCAAGACCUGAAGCAUCAACAGAUGGAUGUGACAUAGUGGGUGAAUUAGAGUAAAAGAUAGCCUCAGUAUUUAGAUAUCACUGGCUGGAAGUUUGUCUCACACACUAUCAAUGAUAACCAACAAGUUUGAUCAGACUGGAAAAGAAAAUAGCUUUGAUAUUUAGCUGGAGACAGAUUUUCUUUCUGCUUGUGCAUGUGUUUGAAUGGUGUGUGGUGUUAAAGGGCACCAUCCUGAAUAUCUGUUAAGCACUUUUUACUACAGCAGAGGUGAAUCCCUGUUUGUUGUAGGUAUGUAAAUGCAUGAGGGAAAUUAUUUACUUUGUGUUAAUUGAUUGAGACAUUGUGAUUCAUGGAGAGGAGACUUUAUAUUUGUUGAAUUUGACAGAUUUCCUUACAUUUCUAAACAAAAUAAUUAAAGUAGGUUCUUUAUAUCAUGUUACUAUAUGUGUUUAAAUUACUUUCAUAAACAGUUACGGUAUCUUUAUAAGGAUGGACUAGCGGCAGAUAGGUGGUAAGGAAGACAGUAUGUAUAUACAGUAUUUGCUAGAAUACAUAUGUGCUGAUAGGAACAAAGAGGGAGAGACAUCAAAGAGAAAGAGAGCUACAGGAACUGUAACAGAAAGUUAAAUAAAUAGGAUUUAUCAUGCAUGUGAACACAGCAGGAUAAUGACAUAUUACUGACAAGCAUGUUUUUUUUUUAAAGUAAAUCCAAGAAAGACUGACAUAGAAGAACAAGAUAAAUAUUGCAAAAUAAAUAUAUAAAUAAAAGCAAUGUGUUAAAUGGUCUGAUGUAUAAAUGGUUGCCUGUGUGCUCAACCCACUGUUGGCAUUCAGUUUUUGCUAAUGCUAACCAUCCUAAUAAACCACAUAGUACUUUUUAACUUUAAGUAUAAAACAGAAUUGUACAAGAGUGAUUAGUUAUAUUCCCAAUAUUUAGGAUUAUCCAGAAUGGGGUGGGUUCCUCUUUGCCUCUGGCACCUCUGGUUUGCACACUAGCUAGAGUGGAAAGCCUUUAAAUAACAUUAUAUUUUCU